CGCAACAGUGAAACACUGGCCUACCGGAAAUGCAUCUUCACGGUUUAAUACUCGUGUUUUGUCUACUCAUCCUCAGUGUGUUUGUCGGUAAUUCUGAAAGUACCGGAAUAAUAGAGGACAAUGGGGAGAAUACGUUGGAGAAAUUGGUGAAACUAUUUGCGCGACCUGGAGCGUUUAAUAGGGUUGAUGAAAUAUUGGGUGAAAAUUCGAUUGAUGAGGGAAUAACUACAGCUUGUCCCAAAGGCGAGGAGGGUCUGGAUUGCAGGAGAGCUGAGGCGAGGAGAUCUGUUGAUUGUCCAAGUGGGGAUUGUUACUGCUACAGUUGUGCAAUUGCUGGUCCAGAGAUGUGGGCGUCCUGUUGUCGGGAAAGCUCAAAAUGCUGCUCACACCUAGCAGCCGCCUGUCGCAACUGCGAUCAUCCCACGUUAAUUCCAUUCUGCUCAAAGCAUUUUAAAAAAUGCCUUGAGCAUCCCAGUGAUGUCACGACAAUGCGAACAACGAUAGAACGUCCAUUGGAGGCUUGAAAGUUUGAAAUUGGAUUGAAUAAAAAAAAAUUAUCGGGGACAUUACAAAUUCCGGGGGAGUUUCAUGUGAAAUUCUGUCGCAAGCACAGGUUUUACGAUUUAUAUCGCUCGUUACGUAAUGUGAAUUUCCAUAUAAGAUUGACGACCCUGCUCGACUGGUUGACACGCUGGAAAUUUCACUCCACCAUGCCACUAUCGUCUAACGAUACUCUCGCAUUUCUACUGGUUAAAGAUCAGUGAUUUUGCAUUUCAUUUCAAUGAUUUUUUUCGGAAGUGCAUGAGAAAUUAGUGAGGAGUAAUUUUGUAAUUACGAGGUAAAACAGACCGAGCAAUUAUGGAAUGAUUUUAGUGGUUUUAGAUUUGAGGAGGCAAUGUUUAAACCGUUUAAAAAUGUUUUUUUCUGGGUCAUGUAUCAUUUUGGGUAAAAAUGUGCAGAGAUUUUUUUCAUAAGACAUUUUUUGAGCACCAAAAAAGGUAUUUUUCACGGAUGACGUGAGGAAGGAUAUCAUUUGUCAUUUAUCUAAUAUAGUGCAUUUCGACAUAGAGCCCAGAGAAACUUUUCUGACGAAUAUGAUGGUAACCAUUGCCUUCGGCUCGGGCUGUAACCUCAUAUUCGCCAGAAAAGUUUUUUAAACCGUGUGUUGAAUUAGUAUAUUUCGAUACGAGAGAAGACGGAAUUUUUACGAAUGUAAAGUUGGCGGCCCGAGGCGAAACCGAGAUUGUGUGAUUGGCAGCCCUCCAAUCAUUUCCUAUGACGUCCCAAAGAUGUGGAAUGCUAUAUAUAAAUUCCCUUCUAAUGUAAAAAAUCCCUCCCCGAUGCAUAAUCGGAAGGUCCCGGGUUCAAACCCCAGUC